AAACGUCAUUAAAUCUUAAUUGGAGUGACAAACGUAAGACAUUUGAUAAAUUAGACGUAUAUCUCAGAUUCAAAUACAGAAUCUCAGUGUUAUGAGUUUGUUAUAAAAAUAAGAUUAUGACUCUACUAUUUUACUUUCAAUACUGUCAAACAAAAUUCUUCAAGAAUUGAUUUUGUUUGAUGGCCUUUAAUUUAGAUUCUGUAAUGAUAACCGAAAGUCAAGUGAAGUCAAGCAAUGUAUUCUGUGACGCCUCCACCUCUCUCAUUCUCAUGUUAUCUCCACAACCACAACCUUCAUCUUCACAACAUAACCAUUCGGAAACCAAAAAUCAACACCAAAACCCCCUUUCCUUCAUUUACAACUGCAAAAUCAUCCCUCUUAUCUUCUCCCACAAUCUCAUUACACAAAACAGAGAAAAAUGCCGCUAGUGAACCCUAUUCUCAACAACGCUUUCACAAUCUAUGCGACACAGGAAACCUCAACGAAGCAUUCAACUUCCUUCAAUCAAAUAUCGACGACGUCGUUUCAUUUUCCAACGUUAAACCAGAAGACGCCAUUGGCCACUUAUUACAAGCAUGCGGGCGCCACAGAGACAUCGAAGUCGGUCGAAAAGUUCACGAAUUUGUUUCAACUUCGUCGCGUUUUCAAAACGACGUCAUUCUCAUCACUCGCAUUGUUACCAUGUACUCCAAUUGCAGCUCUCCCAAUGAUUCUCGUUUUGUCUUCGACGUUUCGAGGAAAAAGAAUCUCUUUCUCUGGAACGCGCUUCUCAGCAGUUACUCCAGGAACGCGCUUUUCCACGAAGCGGUUUGUCUGUUCGUUGAGUUAAUUUCCGCGACGGAGUUUGCUCCGGAUAAUUUCACGUUGCCGUGCGUUAUCAAGGCUUGCGCGGGGCUUUCAGAUGCUAGACUUGGAGAAACGAUUCACGCGUUUGCGUUGAAGACGAGGCUUUUCUCCGACGCGUUUGUCGGGAACGCGUUGAUUGCUAUGUACGGGAAGUUUGGGGUUUUGGAGAGUGCUGUUAAGGUAUUUGAGAAAAUGCCUGAGAGAAACUUGGUUUCGUGGAACUCAAUUAUGUAUGCGUAUUCUGAGAAGGGGGUUUUUGAAGAGAGCUAUGAUUUGUUUAAGGGACUGUUGAAUGGUAAAGAAGGCUUAGUACCUGAUGUUGCUACUAUGGUGACAAUAAUACCUAUCUGUGCAGCACAAGGUGAAGUGAAAUUAGGGGUGGUGCUUCAUGGUUUGGCUUUGAAACUUGGCCUUGGUGGAGAAUUGAAGGUGAAUAAUUCCCUUACAGAUAUGUAUUCGAAAUGCGGUUACUUAUGUGAAGCGCGGGUCCUGUUUGAUAUGAAUGAGGAUAAGAAUGUUGUUUCUUGGAACUCUAUGAUUGGUGGCUACUCUAAGGAAGGAGAUUUUCGUGGAACGUUUGACUUGUUAAGGAAGAUGCAGAUGGAAGAGAAAGUAAAGGUGAAUGAGGUGACACUGUUGAAUGUUUUGCCGGCUUGUGUGGAGGAGAUUCAGUUUUUGAACUUAAAGGAGAUUCAUGGUUAUGCUGUAAGGCACGGAUUCAUUCAGAGUGAUGAAUUGGUGGCAAAUGCUUUUGUUGCUGGAUAUGCUAAGUGUGGUUCAUUGGAUUAUGCUGAGGGUGUGUUUUGUGGUAUGGAGUCGAAAACAGCGAGUUCUUGGAAUGCGAUGAUUGGCGGUCAUGCACAGAAUGGUUUUCCUAGAAAGGCAUUGGAUUUUUACCUUUUGAUGAGAGAUUUUGGAUUGGAUCCUGAUUGGUUUACAAUUGGUAGCCUUCUUUCAGCUUGUGCUCGAUUGAAAUCCCUUUCUUGUGGGAAAGAGAUUCAUGGUUUUAUGUUGCGUAAUGGUUUACAAUUGGACGAAUUCAUUGGGAUAUCGUUAGUCUCACUUUAUGUUCAAUGUGGGAAAAUGCUACCAGCAAAAUUGUUUUUUGAUAAUAUGGAAGAGAAAAGUUUAGUGUGCUGGAAUACUAUGAUUAAUGGCUUUUCACAAAACGAGCUUCCUUGUGAUGCCCUUGAUAUGUUUCGUCAAAUGCUUUCAAGUAAAAUUUGGCCUGAUGAGAUUGCCAUAAUGGGUGCUCUGGGGGCUUGUUCGCAGGUGUCGGCACUGCGGCUGGGCAAAGAGCUUCACUGCUUUGCAAUGAAAGCUCGUCUCAUAGACGACAGCUUUGUUACUUGUUCAUUGAUAGACAUGUAUGCAAAAAGUGGAUGCAUGGAACAAUCACAGAACAUUUUUGACAGGGUACAUAAGAAAGACGAAGCGUCAUGGAAUGUUUUAAUUUCAGGAUAUGGAAUUCAUGGACAUGGACUGAAGGCUAUAGAGCUUUUUAAAUCGAUGCAAAGUGCUGGCUGCAGACCAGAUUCUUUUACAUUUGUAGGAUUGUUAAUGGCAUGUAACCAUGCUGGUUUAGUAGCAGAAGGGUUAGAAUAUCUUAGUCAGAUGCAGAGUUUGUUUGAUAUAAAGCCAAAAUUACAGCAUUAUGCAUGUGUGGUUGAUAUGCUUGGUCGCGCUGGACGAUUGAAUGAAGCUUUGAAGCUUGUAAAUGAGCUACCAGAUGAACCAGAUUCCGGGAUAUGGAGUUCUUUACUCAGUUCAUGUAGAAAUUAUGGGGAUUUGGAUAUUGGCAAGGAAGUUGCGAAAAAGUUGUUAGAAUUGGGACCAGACAAAGCUGAGAACUAUGUAUUGAUAUCAAAUUUGUAUGCUGGAUUAGGAAAAUGGGAUGAGGUGAGAAAAGUGAGGCAAAAGAUGAAAGAUAUUGGCCUUCAGAAAGAUGCAGGUUGCAGUUGGAUUGAAAUAGGAGGAAAAGUUUAUAGAUUUGUUGUUGGUGAUGGAUCACUUUUGGAAUCAAAGAAAAUUCAGCAGACUUGGAUUAAAUUGGAGAAGAAAAUGAUCAAAAUUGGAUAUGAACCAGACACAAGUUGUGUGCUUCAUGAACUAGAAGAAGAGGAAAAGAUUAAGAUACUGAGGAGCCAUAGUGAGAAGCUUGCAAUUUCUUUUGGUUUAUUAAAUACGGCUAAAGGUACCACACUAAGGGUUUGCAAAAACCUACGCAUUUGUGUUGACUGUCACAAUGCUAUUAAGUUAGUAUCAAAGGUUGCUAAAAGGGAGAUUAUUGUUAGGGACAACAAGCGCUUUCAUCAUUUCAAAAAAGGAUUUUGUAGCUGUGGAGAUUACUGGUAGUUGAGGGUUGAGGGUGUAUGUUGUUUUAAUCUUUGAUUACAUUAGUGAAGAAAUCCAGGAAAGUUCAGUGGUGUGUAGUUGCCCAUGCAUUGCUCAUUGCAAAUGAUUAGGAUUACAUUUACAAUUAAAGAAAAUGUACAUAAUCAUCAGAGAAAUUGUGCAAUUAUGGACGUGAAGAUGAAAUGAUGCUUGUCGAAGACUAUCUUAAAAUCGGAAGGUAAAAACGAAAAUCAAGUUCAACUCAAACACAACAAAGAGAAGGAACGAGAUCAAGCUUUAUUUAUUUUAUGUUGAUGCAAAUCUGUCAAAGUUGAGAAGUCAACACACUACUAAAAAUGAAGAGGCAGCGAAAACAAAUUGUCAACGGAAGGCAAGAUGCUAUAAAUUUGCAAUGUUGAGUCUUUCAAUAAAAUAUUCACCAUAAUUACAAGAAACUCAUUUAUUUUAGUAAAGAAACAAGAUCUACAAAAAUAGAUUGACUCUA